AUGACUUCGAGCAGCAACUUUGGGGCAGAGACGACUGCCGAAGAGGUGGCGUCUACUUUUCGCGACCAGAUUACUGGAAAAACAAUUCUCAUUACCGGAGUGAGCCCCAAUGGCCUUGGAGCCGCAACCGCUCAGGCUCUCGCCAAGUACAGCCCGGCAAGCUUGAUAUUCACGGCUCGAACAGUCUCAAAGGCUUCCGCCGUGGCCGAUGCUAUUCGGGAUGAGCACGCAGCAGUAAAGACACAAAUUCAUGUCGUGCAAGCAGACUUGUCCAAGUCGAAAAGCAUUCGCCAAGCAGCAACCAACAUCCAAGAACUAACACACGUUAUUGACGUUAUUAUCAAUAACGCCGGAGUUAUGGCCAUCCCGGAGAGAGAGGUCACAAAACAAGGAAUAGAAGCCCACUUGGCCACAAACUUCCUUGGUCAUUUCCUACUCACGACACUCCUAUCUCCACAGCUCAAGGCUGCGGGGCCAAAGGCACGAGUUGUCAAUAUCGUUAGCGGCGGAUUCUACGUCCAGCCGUUUCGCUUCAGCGACUACAAUUUUGAUGGAGGAAAGGAUCUUCCGCUAGAUGAGCAAGUCGAUCUUGACAGUGCAGAAAAGCUCGGAAUGGGAUGGGUGAAGGAUGCCGGCACGGGAUACAUCCCCUUCCUAGCCUAUUCCCAAAGCAGCACAGCAUUGAUGCUUCUGACCAAAGGUCUGAAUGAGGGCUACGCUGGAGAAAGGGUCACAGCGGUCAGCGCUGCGCCGGGAGUUGUCCUGACUGAACUGCAAAGACACCUCCCAAGCGAGUUUCGGAAUCCAAACAUGACAUACAAGACGGCAAGCCAGGGAGUUGCAAGCUUUCUCGUCGCUGCUUUGGAUCCAAAUCUGCAAGAUCAUCCGGGAGCCUACAUUGACGACUGCCAGAUCAAAGAGGUACCGAGAUAUGCGCAGGAAGCGGCUAUUGCUCGAAAACUCUGGACAAUGGCUGAAUCAUGGGUCAAGGAUGCGUGA